AAUGGGCCGAGAUUCAUAUGCAACCCAUAUCUCGAAGUCCCCGUUACUUCGCUUCCAAUGGAAUUUGCAGCCCAUUUUCCCCCGAGAUCCAGCAUCUCCAAUCUUCGUCGUUACGUUUUCAUCUUCUUUUACUCCUUCCAAGUUCCAACAAUGGCUUCCUGAAUUCGAUUCUGGAGCUCCAUCGCCACCAUCGUCAAUCCAAAGAUCACAUCAUGAAGCUUGCUCUUUCCAUCCUGUUCCUCUCUCUCAGGCUUCUCCUCUUUUCUUCGUCCUGCCACCGCUAGAGGCGGCCUUCACAGUUCCUACCCUCCAGGUUUCGAAUUUGGUCCUCGCGCUGGUUCCGGCAGGCAAUUGUUUGAAGAGAAGGAGUCUCAGACGCGGUAUUUAUCACUAA